AAAAGGGAAUAUUCUUGCUGCUUUAAUUUGGAGAGUUUGGAGGUUGUAGGCUCUGGGUUGUUCUGUAGUAAACUGGUAAAUAUUUUAAUUAUCUCCAAAAUGCCGCCAGCUGGAGAAGGUGCAAAAAAAGCUGCCAAAAGGGGUAUUCUGGAACGUCUAGAAGCUGGUGAGGUUGUAAUCGGAGAUGGGGGGUUUGUUUUUGCCUUAGAAAAGAGAGGAUAUGUGAAAGCAGGGCCCUGGACCCCAGAAGCUGCAGUGGAACACCCAGAAGCAGUUCGACAGCUUCAUCGAGAGUUCCUUAGAGCUGGGGCAAAUGUAAUGCAAACAUUUACGUUUUAUGCAAGCGACGAUAAGCUGGAGAACAGAGGAAACUAUGUGGGGGAGAAAAUAUCUGGACAGAAAGUUAAUGAGGCUGCAUGUGAUAUUGCAAGAGACGUGGCAAAUGAAGGAGAUGCCCUUGUAGCAGGUGGUGUUUCACAGACACCUUCCUACCUGAGUUGCAAGUCUGAAAAAGAAGUAAAGACAAUUUUCCACAAACAGCUUGAAGUCUUUGUCAAGAAGAAUGUGGAUUUUAUGAUUGCUGAGUAUUUUGAACAUGUAGAAGAAGCUGUAUGGGCAGUCCAGGUACUAAAGGAGUCUGGGAAGCCAGUUGCUUCCACAAUGUGUAUUGGACCUGAUGGAGACCUAAAUGGUGUACCAGCUGGGGAGUGUGCAGUUCAGCUGGCCAAGGCAGGCGCAGAUAUUGUUGGAGUGAACUGCCAUUUUGACCCAUUUGUCUGCUUGAAAACAUUAAAGCUUAUGAAAGAGGGUUUGGAAGCUGCCGGUGUUAAAGCCCAUUUAAUGAUUCAGCCAAUUGCUUAUUUGACUCCUGAUUGUGGUCAUCAAGGUUUCAUUGAUCUUCCAGAGUUUCCAUUUGCCCUGGAACCACGAGUUGUCACUCGAUGGGAUAUUCACAAGUACGCAAGGGAAGCCUAUAAUAUGGGAAUUCGCUACAUCGGUGGCUGCUGUGGAUUUGAGCCUUAUCACAUCAGAGCCAUUGCAGAGGAACUGGCACCAGAAAGGGGCUUCCUGCCUGAGGGGUCUGAAAAACAUGGAUCUUGGGGUGCUGGCCUGGACAUGCAUACUAAACCUUGGGUCAGAGCAAGGGCCAGAAAGGAAUAUUGGCAGAAUCUUAAACCUUCAACAGGUAGACCAUAUUCUGCUUCCUUGUCAGUACCAGAUGCCUGGGGAGUGACCCGAGGAGAUGCUGACCUGAUGCAGCAGAAGGAAGCAACAACAGAGCAGCAGCUGAAGAACCUGUUCCAGAAACAGAAACAAAAGUCUGAAACAACUGCGUAAAUUCCCUUUCAUACACUUUGUAAACAAAACAGACUUGGAUCUCCAGCAUAUGUUUUCUACUUUCCAAAUUGCCUCUCAUUUACAGAUGAAUAAAAACAUUUGUCAAAUUUGUUGUGA